CCGCGAUGUAGUCCGGCAGUGGCAUUCCUACCGGCUAUAAAUCCUCACCGUCCGCGAUCCUAUGUCCUGGUAGCUCAUUAGUCUUAAUAUACGGCCACAAAAAUGCGGGAAACAUUUAUAUCAAUUCUCGCGUUGCUUGCCAUCGCUCCCUGCGCGAAAUGUUCCGAUGUCGGCAAGGACGGCUUCAAUUUCUAUAAAGAUUACUUGCGUGCACGAACUGAUGACGUCAUGUCGGAAGGACCUGCAUCUGGGGAGCGCAUGUUAUACUUCUACCGGACUCCUCUAUCGCUGUAUCCCGGUCUUCUUCCAGCCGUUGAGCAAGAAUACAGAAAGAGAACUGGGAACGCAUUCAAGAAUCACAUGUUAAGUAAGGAGCUCUGGUCUGGCGAUUCUUUGGGCAAGCGUGGCUCUAAAACUGCCAUCUCUCUCAUCAUGCAAGGGAAACAUCCCUACUACGCGGAAGAGGGACACUAUUGUCCGUACGGCAAAAGGGGGUGGUGGUGAUAGUACCGAGAGUCCUCGCGUAGACAACAAUAUGGAGCCUGUAGAGUAGAAGAAAUUAUAUAAUUAUUAUAUAUGUUGCAUAUAUCUUCAUUAGGCACUCUAUAUAUAUUAUGUACUAGUCACUAGUUGUUAUCUGUAUACUUAGAACAUUAUUUGUGAUCGUAUUAUUUCAAAUGUAUGAAAACUAAAUUGCAAAAUAUGUUUGAUCGAAAUAAAUUGUGAAAAUUACUUUCUGA